UCCCCUUAAAACUCUAUGGAUUGCUCAACAAACUGUUGUGACAAAUCACAGCAAGUACAGACUUACACCGCUCUGGGAUCCUGUCAGGUAAAUGUUGUCUACAAAUUCUGUAUUUAACAAUGAAAUUAUAUUAUGAAAUUAUAUAUGUAUAUAAAAGAGGAAUACUGACGCAAUGAAGGGAUGUACUUGGUCUGAAACAAUGUUUGGCAAGUGGUGUGUGUAAAAGUAACCUACACGUGAAUGCUAAGGUUUCCCAGCAGAACACUGCCCAGAGCAUCCCACUACCUCAGCCGGCUUGUCUUGUUCCCGUAGUGCAUCCUGGUGCCAUCUUUUCCCCAGGUCCCGUAAGUAACGCACACGCACCCGGCCAUCCAUAUGAUGUACAAGAAAACAUCUUUUACAUCGCUCCUCAUGCAUGAAUGAGCCUUGAGUGCUCAAUACCCUGUUGCUAGUUCACUGGUUGUCCUUCAUUGUACCACUUUUGAUGGGCACUAAUCAUUGGAUACACCCAAUAAGACCUGCCAUUUUGGAGAUGCUCUGACCCAGUCAUCUCGCCAUAACAGUUUGGCCCUUGUCAAAGUCGUUUUAAACUGUACCCAUUGCCCAUUUUUUUUUCCUCGUCCAUUUUUCCUGCCUCCAACACACCAACUUCGAGAACUAAUUUUUCACUUGCUGCCUAAUGUAUCCCACCACUUGACAGGUGCUAUUGUAACGAAAUAAUCAGUUAUUCACUUCACCUCUCAGUGGUUUUGAUGUUAUGGCUGGUGUAUGUAUGUAUGUAUGUAUGUAGUACUGCAGCAUUACAGCUCAGAGGUCAGAGUUAGCUCAGAAAAAGUUCAAAUGCAUUUGAAUACAAAUACAUUUGAUCUUUUUUUUUUUUUUUUUUUAACUGUAUAUGUACUGGAAAAGUGAACAAAUAAACAUGUUUGAUAAAUCAUUCAUUUAAAAAAAAUAAUGUGAUUAAUAGGACGCCUAUUUUUUUUUUUUUUUUUUUUGGUUUUGUUGCAGAAAACCACUGAAUCCAAUAUGGGCCAUUUUGACCUACUUUAUGCAUUUGUGUCUGUGUUUUGGUUAAUGCAUUCUAACAUUAAAGAGUCAUUGGCGUCUGGCUGUCUAUAGGGGUUCUAUUUGGGAACUUUUCUCAAAGAGGAAACAUUAUGCUCUAAGGUUCUACAUAGAACCUUGAAUGAUCACAGAGGCAAACUCAAGAACCCUUUAAGGAGCUAGACGGAACCUUUUUCUCUAGCUGUGGGUUUUUACAAAUAAGGGCUGUUCAUAGUUUCUUUGAAUGGUUAAGGGUUAUAGCUCUCUAAUGGGAUUCUAUUCUGAAGGUUUUCUGAAAAGGGAAACUUUCUGUUAUAGAGUAUGCCAUAGAAGCUUUAAUGUUUCUUUUACAGAGUUAUUUGGGAACUUUUCUAAAGGUCCCUCUGUUAUAGGAUUCUACAUUGUACCUUAAUGGGUUUCCUCAGAGGAACAAACCAAAGAACCCUUUGGGAGCUAGAUGGGAUAUUUUCUCCAGCCAUGGGCUUCUACUCUCUUAGGCAUAAGGGUUUUUCACAGGUUUUUUUUUUUGGGCUGGUUAAGGGUUGUAGCUCUCUAAAUAGGUUCUAUUUGGGAACUGUUCUGAAAUAAAAAGGCUAGGUUGUAGGGUUCUACACUGUCAAGGGUUUCCUCAGAGGGACAAAUCAUGAUACCUUUAGAAAAUUAGAUGGCACUUUAUUCAGUUUUAUUAUUAUUAUUAUUUCUUGGCAAAGAUUUGAUUGACAUGGAGUGCAAACUCCCUCACACCAUGUUGCUUUGUAUCAAGUGUAAAAAUGUACAGGAAAUGAAUGUAGGCUACAACAUUACCAUCACACAUUUGCACUGGAGUCUAUAACUAAAACUCUAUAUUGCUCGGUGGUUUCUCAGUAGCCAACUCUACCCAUAUCUCUCAGACUCAUCAGUGAACAAGCACUUGAGCGGAAAAACAUGUGUGAUUGAGAGCUGACCUGCACCAAGCUGCACCUGGCAGACAUCCCGUCAUGUCAGCACCCGUUGACAUCCGAACAAUGACUAAGCUCUCCCACUCAAGAGUGCACAUAAGUGGGCCAGCUUUAAAAAAAUGAGUCCUGUCCCACCUGACAGAUUCUCAACAGCACUGUUGUGUUAGAAGGAGUCUGGGUAACUUGAGACAAGCAUUCAGGCCAGUUUAUACUGUACGCAAGAAGAUUGUUAAUUUAAUAUUAAGGUUUUGUCCAUUAUGUGUUAAAUUAAUAUAGUUGGAAGGACAAGGAAAGGUUCCUUGCUCAGGACAAACUAUGUUUCUUCUGAUGGACCUCCUUUGAGCAUCGCUAACAUUUCUCCACAGGUGCUUGAGAUUUCUUGGCAAGCUUUUCUUCAUCUGAGUGUCUGAAGAAAGUGUGAGCAAGGCUUUACAGCUGUGAGUGUGAGUAAUUUUUCCACUCUAAAAAUGGGUAUGAUUAUUUGUAUCAUCUAACCAAGGACCCAAGGUUCUGAAUUUGUAUAAUGUGUAUUUCAUAUGCAGUCAGCAUGUACGGCCUGCUGUGUGAGAGUCUGCACGACUUCAUCAAAGAGUCGUAUGGAGAUGAUGUGUGGAAGCUGGUGAGGGAGAGGGCAGACGUCAGACUCCACUCCUUUGUCACACAUCAGGUCUACAGCGAAAGUGUAAUCCCACGCAUAGCCAAAGCAGCAAGUGGUGUCACGGGCACUCCCUAUAAUGAGCUGAUGAACUCCUGGGGCGUUUACUUUCUGGGCUUUGUUGGGAAGUAUGGUUAUGACCGUAUUCUCAAGGUGUUGGGUCGUCAUGUGCGUGACUUUGUUAAUGGUCUGGAUAACCUGCAUGAGUAUCUGCGCUUCAGUUAUCCUAAAGUGCAGCCACCCACCUUCUUCUGCCAGGAGGAGUCUGCUACCGGCGUCACACUGCACUACAGGAGCAAGCGUAAAGGGUACCUGCACUAUGCUAUGGGUCAGCUGAGGCAGAUGGGGAAACAGUUCUACGACACAGACAUCCACGUGGAGGUUCUUUCUGAGCAGCUGGUGGGAGAUUAUUCUCAUGUCACUAUGAGAUUGAACUUUGAUAACUCUGCGUAUCGCUACAUUCAGAAAGAGGAUGAAGAGGAGCAGGAGAUUCUGCCGAUCACGAGUGACUUUUUCUUUGAGGUGUUUCCCUUCAACAUUGUGUUCAGACAGGACAUGGUGGUGCACAAUGUUGGCUCUGGUUUGGCCACUGUCUUUCCUGAUCUGGAUGGGAAGAAGAUUAACGAUGCUUUCCUACUGGCACGCCCCCUGGUGGAGUUCACCUGGAACAUGGUGUAUAAAUCGUCUCUAGCUAUCAUAAUAGUGCUGCUGAUUAGACAUGAACCUCCCAUAAUCAUUUCCCAUCCCAACAACCUGUUUGAAAUCAUGUCUAAGGAGCCUGUCAAGAGGGAACGAAACCUUCAUAAUAGAGUCCAGAACUCUGAUUACGAGAAUGCUAAUCGCUCUGCUGAUGUAGAUGUGGAGCUCAUGGCCUUCCAGUCCAUCAUUGGAGAUGACUACAAAGAUGGAAAUAGUGCCAACGCCAUGGAGAGCUGGGGCGAUGGCAGCCGCUGCCUCAAACUGAAAGGUCAGAUGAGAUACAUGCCUGAGUGGGAAUCCAUCAUCUUCCUGGGAACACCUGUAAUGGAGAGUCUGAGUGCUAUGUUUAAGACUGGACUCUACAUUAAUGACCUGAGCAUGCACGACUCCAGUAGAGACCUGGUGUUGGCAGGAACCCAGCAAUCUGAAGAGCUAAAACGGGCUCUCAUACAGGAGCAGAAGAAAUCGAGCAAGCUGGAGGAGAGCAUGAAGAUGUUGGAUUAUGAGAUGAAGAAGACGGACGACUUGCUGUACAGGAUGAUUCCCAAACCUGUGGCUAAGAGGCUGCGCAAGGGAGAGCCUGCAGUGAACACGUGCGAGGUGUUCCCAGAUGUGACCAUCCUGUUUAGCGAUGUGGUGGGCUUCACACGCAUCUGCAGCCACAUCACUCCCAUGCAGGUGGUGUCUAUGCUCAACACCAUGUACACACUGUUCGACACACUGAGCGAGAAACACAGAGUCUUCAAGGUUGAAACUAUAGGAGAUGCCUAUAUGGUUGUAGCAGGAGCUCCAGAGAAGACUAAGUACCACGCCCAUAACAUCUGUGACAUGGCCUUGGACAUGGUGCGCUCCAUUGACCAUCUCAAAGACCCGUCUAAUGGAAACAACAUUCAGAUCCGAGUGGGCAUCCACUCUGGAAUGGUUGUCGCUGGCGUCGUAGGUCACAAAAUGCCUCGCUACGGUCUUCAUGGUGAUACAGUUCACACGGCGUCUGCCAUGGAAAGCAAUGGAAAGGAGAUGCACAUCCAGCUCAGCAGUGCCACAUAUGAGCACCUGAAAGGCAGUCACUUUAUCUUCGAGAGACGUGGAACAAUAACAAUUAAGGUGAAGCUAGAAAUGCAUACCUAAGUA